UGAAACACGAUGGCAGCCAAGCUACUAUUUUACCUUCCCCCGACAUGGAUGACUUAGGAUUUGAUGCUCGCGUUUGGCGACUGGAGCAGCUAUUAGUAGACUUACCAUCCAAAGAUAGUGCUAAUAAUGAAAGCAUGUACGAAAACGAAGGGCUAUCGGAAAGAAUAUCGAAAUUACAGAAUGAACUCGAAAGUGUUUUAGUCGAUGACAAGGCAUUACGAGAUUUUGUGGAAAAAUACAACAAGCACGAAAACGUCCUGAAUCCUAUGGCUUCACCAUUUGCAGUCGAACAAGAGCUUUUGGAUAUUACAACCAAAAAAGAGCUUGUGCUAGCAGCCGGCGAAGAAUUAGAGGCCUUUGCAAAUCAGAUUAAGCAAAUCAAGGCACUUGAGCACGUCUUAGAAAGCUCAGAUAUCUCAGCUGUGGACGAUCUUGCAAUCAAAUUACGGCCCUUAGAGGCAAAGCACAAACUUCAAAGUCAAGCACUAUCUCAAUCUUCGAAAAAUUUGUCCCAGCUUAUGGAGAACUACAAUGGAACUGUGAACACCCUAUCUGAGAUCUUCAUCAAUUGGGACCAGAUGCUAUCCACUCUUGAAACGCAUGUUACACUCGCUGAACGAGGAAAGGCAUGAUUCUUAUACACUUAAGAUGCACUCAAACCUCAAGAUACCCUAACAUGAUGAUGAAGGCUGAAGUAACUUCUCUGACGGCUAUCACGUUAGCAAAAGAUGUUGCAUCCACAUCUACACAAAGCCCGUUCGUUUGUGUGUCUUAUUAAUAGUUUUUCAUUGCUUUGUACUCUAUCUCAACAAGGUUGGCCCCUAGGCAUGCAUUUGACAUACCCAUCUAUAAAUUGAUAUACUUUAGCCUAGAUCCUGAAACACAGCAUAC